GCCCUCCUCCUUUAGCUGUGGGCGGGGCUCAGAGGCGCGUGCGUCCUGCCCUCCCUGUGCGCGCGCCGCCCCAGCAUGCCCCGGGAGCGCGGGCGGCGGGCCCCUUGGUCCUCAGGCGGCCGUGGCGGCGGUGGCGGCGGUUGGGCCGAGGCAGGCGGCCUCAGUGGCCGAGGUGGCUGGACGCGUAGCAGGUGGAAGGAGGGAGGGAGCCGCAGGCGCAGACCCACCCGCCAUGAAGCCCCCCGCAGCCUGUGCAGGAGACAUGGCGGACGCGGCAUCUCCGUGCUCUGUGGUAAACGACCUGCGGUGGGACCUGAGUGCCCAGCAGAUAGAGGAGCGCACCAGGGAGCUCAUCGAGCAGACCAAGCGCGUGUAUGACCAGGUUGGCACCCAGGAGUUUGAGGACGUGUCCUAUGAGAGCACGCUCAAGGCGCUGGCCGAUGUGGAGGUCACCUACACAGUUCAGAGGAAUAUCCUUGACUUCCCCCAGCAUGUUUCCCCCUCCAAGGACAUCCGGACAGCCAGCACAGAGGCCGACAAGAAGCUCUCUGAGUUCGACGUGGAGAUGAGCAUGAGGGAGGACGUGUACCAGAGGAUCGUGUGGCUCCAGGAGAAAGUUCAGAAGGACUCACUGAGGCCCGAGGCUGCACGGUACCUGGAGCGGCUAAUCAAGCUGGGCCGGAGAAAUGGGCUUCACCUCCCCAGAGAGACUCAGGAAAACAUCAAACGCAUCAAGAAGAAGCUGAGCCUUCUGUGCAUCGACUUCAACAAGAACCUGAACGAGGACACGACCUUCCUGCCCUUCACGCUCCAGGAGCUAGGAGGGCUCCCCGAGGACUUUCUGAACUCCCUGGAGAAGAUGGAGGACGGCAAGUUGAAGGUCACCCUCAAGUACCCCCAUUACUUCCCCCUCCUGAAGAAAUGCCACGUGCCUGAGACCAGGAGGAAAGUGGAGGAGGCCUUCAACUGCCGGUGCAAGGAGGAGAACUGCGCUAUCCUCAAGGAGCUGGUGACGCUGCGGGCCCAGAAGUCCCGCCUGCUGGGGUUCCACACGCACGCCGACUAUGUCCUGGAGAUGAACAUGGCCAAGACCAGCCAGACCGUGGCCACCUUCCUAGAUGAGCUGGCGCAGAAGCUGAAGCCCCUGGGGGAGCAGGAGCGUGCGGUGAUUCUGGAGCUGAAGCGUGCGGAGUGCGAGCGCCGGGGCCUGCCCUUCGACGGCCGCAUCCAUGCCUGGGACAUGCGCUACUACAUGAACCAGGUGGAGGAGACGCGCUACCGCGUGGACCAGAACCUGCUCAAGGAGUACUUCCCCGUGCAGGUGGUCACGCACGGGCUGCUGGGCAUCUACCAGGAGCUCCUGGGGCUGGCCUUCCACCACGAGGAGGGCGCCAGUGCCUGGCAUGAGGACGUGCGGCUCUACACCGCGAGGGACGCGGCCUCGGGGGAGGUGGUCGGCAAGUUCUACCUGGACCUGUACCCGCGGGAAGGAAAGUACGGGCACGCGGCCUGCUUUGGCCUGCAGCCCGGCUGCCUGCGGCAGGAUGGGAGCCGCCAGAUCGCCAUCGCGGCCAUGGUGGCCAACUUCACCAAGCCCACAGCCGACGCGCCCUCGCUGCUGCAGCAUGACGAGGUAGAGACCUACUUCCAUGAGUUUGGCCACGUGAUGCACCAGCUCUGCUCCCAGGCGGAGUUCGCCAUGUUCAGCGGGACCCACGUGGAGCGGGACUUUGUGGAGGCGCCCUCGCAGAUGCUGGAGAACUGGGUGUGGGAGCAGGAGCCGCUGCUGCGGAUGUCGCGGCACUACCGCACAGGCAGCGCCGUGCCCCGGGAGCUCCUGGAGAAGCUCAUUGAGUCCCGGCAGGCCAAUACAGGCCUCUUCAACCUGCGCCAGAUCGUCCUCGCCAAGGUGGACCAGGCCCUGCACACGCAGACGGAUGCAGACCCCGCCGAGGAGUAUGCGCGGCUCUGCCAGGAGAUCCUCGGGGUCCCGGCCACGCCAGGAACCAACAUGCCUGCAACCUUCGGCCAUCUGGCAGGUGGCUACGACGCCCAGUACUACGGGUACCUGUGGAGCGAGGUGUAUUCCAUGGACAUGUUCCACACGCGCUUCAAGCAGGAGGGCGUCCUGAACAGCAAGGUCGGCAUGGAUUACAGAAGCUGCAUCCUGAGACCCGGCGGUUCUGAGGAUGCCAGCGCCAUGCUGAAGCGCUUCCUGGGCCGUGACCCCAAGCAGGACGCCUUCCUCCUGAGCAAGGGGCUGCAGGUCGGGGGCUGCGAGCCCGAGGCGCAGGUCUGCUGAGGCCCGGCACUGCGACUGCCCAGUCUGGCCUGCGCUCCCGCCGCCCUGGUGCCUUAGCCCCCGGCCCAGGAUGGGGCAGGCUCUGGCACAGUGCCUGGGACUGGCAGGGUGGCUGAGCGGCUGUCUUGCCUCUUGUCAUUGUCUGUCCCCACCCGGUCGUGGCGUCCUCAAGGCAUCUGGAGGGCUUUCGUGGCUGCCAGGGCCUGGUCUUUGUUGCACUAACACGUCUCCUCCCUGGGAAACGUCCCUUGUCAGGAGACGGCUCUUCUUUGAAAUGAGGUCAUUAAAAGGAAACAGAAAAA